UCCUCUUUUGUUUUGUAUUGUCCACGUAUUGGUGUUCCGCUGGUAGUCUAUAUUGUCUUCAUGUUGGUCUUCCGCUCCUCGUCUGUGUCGUCUUCGUGUUGGUCUUCCGCUCCUCGUCCGUGUCGUCUUCGUGUUGGUCUUCCGCUCCUCGUCCGUGUCGUCUUCGUGUUGGUCUUCCGCUCCUCGUCCGUGUCGUCUUCGUGUUGGUCUUCCGCUCCUCGUCCGUGCCGUCUUCGUGUUGGUCUUCCGCUCCUCGUCCGUGUCGUCUUCGUGUUGGUCUUCCGCUCCUCGUCCGUGUCGUCUUCGUGUUGGUCUUCCGCUCCUCGCCCGUGUCGUCUUCGGUUGAUCUUCCGCUCCUCGUCCGUGUCGUCUUCGGUUUAUCUUCCGCGCCUCGUCCGUGUCGUCUUCGUGUUGGUCUUCCGCUCCUCGUCCGUGUCGUCUUUGUGUUGGUCUUCCGCGCCUCGUCCGUGUCGUCUUCGUGUUGGUCUUCCGCUGCUCGUCCGUGUCGUCUUUGUGUUGGUCUUCCGCGCCUCGUCCGUGUCGUCUUCGUGUUGGUCUUCCGCUCCUCGUCCGUGUCGUCUUCGUGUUGAUCUUCCGCUCCUCGUCCGUGUCGUCUUCGUGUUGAUCUUCCGCUCCUCGUCCGUGUCGUCUUCGUGUUGGUCUUCCGCUCCUCGUCCGUGUCGUCUUCGUGUUGGUCUUCCGCUCCUCGUCCGUGUCGUCUUCGUGUUGGUCUUCCGCUCCUCGUCCGUGUCGUCUUCGUGUUGGUCUUCCGCUCCUCGUCCGUGUGGUCUUCGUGUUGGUCUUCCGCUCCUCGUCCGUGUCGUCUUCGUGUUGGUCUUCCGCUCCUCUUCCGUGUCGUCUUCGUGUUGGUCUUCCGCUCCUCGUCCGUGUCGUCUUCGUGUUGGUCUUCCGCUCCUCGUCCGUGUCGUCUUCGUGUUGGUCUUCCUCUACUCAUGUGGGUCAUUUUCGUGUUGAUCUUAGCAUUUUUGUUUGUAUGCUUAUUUUAGUGUCUUUAGAUUAUCUUGUAAUCUAUGUAGUAUUUAUUCUUGUUGUUACUCUGUCGUUCUUUGUUGUUGAAGCUUGUGUUGAUUCAUGUUAUGCAUCUUGUUGGUUUUCCGUCUUGAUUUUGGCUGUGUUUAUUCUCUCGUUAUCAAUUCUCCUCUUCGUGUCCUUGUCCAGUGAUGUAUUUAUGUGGGGCUUCUUCUGAUGCAGCUGUUCUUUUCUGACUCUGAACUCUUGUAUGAUUUUAUUUAUUUUUUAUUGUAUAGUCCACGUUGCGGUUGUUUUACUUUUUUUUAAU